AAAACGGGUAUAAAUUCAAGAUGUGCGCCAAUCGUAUUCAUACCCGAGUGGGCACUCAUAUUGACUACAACAGUCUAACUGAGCGUAAAUCACGGGGUUUUGACAUUUUCCUAAAAACCAGUAGCCGUUUUUAACUUCUUUCUAAUUUAACAAUAUGCGUGAGUGUAUCUCUAUCCAUGUCGGCCAAGCCGGGGUCCAGAUGGGCAAUGCCUGUUGGGAAUUGUACUGUUUGGAACAUGGUAUCCAACCUGAUGGUCAGAUGCCAUCUGAUAAAACUAUUGGAGGAGGAGACGAUUCAUUUAAUACAUUCUUUAGUGAGACUGGAGCUGGAAAACACGUACCAAGAGCCGUCUUUGUUGACUUGGAACCAACCGUCGUAGAUGAGGUGCGAACUGGUACAUACCGACAACUUUUCCACCCAGAACAACUCAUCACCGGUAAGGAAGAUGCCGCCAAUAACUAUGCCAGGGGUCAUUACACCAUAGGCAAAGAAAUCGUUGAUUUGGUUUUAGACCGAAUCCGAAAAUUAGCUGAUCAAUGUACUGGUCUUCAAGGUUUCCUCAUCUUUCACUCCUUUGGCGGCGGAACCGGUUCCGGAUUCUCGUCCCUACUUAUGGAACGUCUUAGUGUCGAUUAUGGUAAAAAAUCCAAACUGGAAUUCGCAAUCUACCCAGCUCCCCAGGUCUCCACGGCCGUUGUCGAACCCUACAACUCUAUCUUGACCACCCAUACCACCCUAGAACAUUCCGACUGUGCUUUCAUGGUGGAUAAUGAAGCUAUCUACGAUAUCUGCCGACGAAACUUGGACAUUGAACGACCAACUUACACGAACUUGAACAGAUUGAUCGGUCAGAUCGUCAGUUCUAUUACUGCUUCCCUCCGGUUUGAUGGUGCACUAAACGUCGACUUAACUGAGUUCCAAACUAACUUGGUACCAUACCCACGUAUCCAUUUCCCUCUAGCUACUUACGCACCAGUCAUCUCGGCCGAAAAAGCCUAUCAUGAACAAUUAUCUGUCUCAGAAAUCACCAACGCUUGCUUCGAGCCCGCCAACCAGAUGGUAAAAUGUGAUCCCCGUCAUGGUAAAUACAUGGCUUGCUGUAUGUUAUACAGAGGAGACGUUGUGCCUAAGGAUGUCAACGCCGCCAUUGCCACAAUCAAGACCAAGAGAACCAUCCAAUUUGUCGACUGGUGUCCCACUGGUUUCAAAGUUGGUAUCAACUACCAACCACCAACCGUUGUGCCAGGAGGUGAUUUGGCCAAGGUGCAAAGAGCCGUUUGCAUGUUGAGCAACACUACCGCCAUUGCCGAAGCCUGGGCCCGUCUCGAUCAUAAAUUCGAUCUUAUGUACGCAAAGAGAGCUUUCGUCCACUGGUAUGUUGGUGAAGGCAUGGAAGAAGGCGAAUUCUCUGAAGCUCGAGAAGAUUUGGCAGCUCUCGAGAAAGACUAUGAAGAAGUUGGUGUCGAUUCGGUCGAGGGAGAAGGAGAAGAGGAAGGCGAGGAAUAUUAAAUCGCUUCUUAAUUUUCGAAUUUGCGGAAAACCGAAAAUAAAUUAUUGAAUCAAAAA